AUGGACUUUGAGAAUGCCGUACUCGCACUGUGCCAGCAACCAUGCUUUGACCAUGCGGACCUGUCACUUGCGCAAGCCGGAAAAUUAUUGCAAAAUUUACUUAGUGAUUCCCCGUUAGAUGAGCCUCUACUUGUUGAUCCGACUCAACGUCAAGCACUCGUAUUCUCUGCGCAGAAAAAGUUCGGCGCCGAGCUGGUUUCGCCGAUUUUGGCGCAGUUAUUCCAGAAGUUGAGUCUUCCACCGCAGACGACUCUUGUCCAGGCUCUGAACCAGCUUGGACCGGACAUCUCGAAUGACGUAGAGGUUGUGCGAGGUCUUCUUGUAAGAUUCGGAAUAUCAGAUCAAAAUCUUCCGACGAAUGAGCAAAUCACGGACACCUUUAUGACGCUCAGUCGUCUCACGGCAGAAGGCGCACAGCUAUGUGACGUUGGUACACUUGUUCGGGUGUUAAGCAGCUUUAGGGCACAACUCGACUGGAGCAAGGCUAUUGAAGUAUUUGAUUGGCCGGAAAGACAGGGCGUCGAUACCAAUACUCUCAAGCUCCUUAUCGCUAUACUCGUUAACUCGCCCCGAGAUGCCGAUAAGCCUGCCGUCGCUGGCUUUUGGUCCAACUGGAAGAACUCUCUCUAUCAACUUCGUCUUCUCGAUGCCCUUCUCUCACUACCUAGCGACACGUUCAAUUUUGUGUCCCUCCCCGGCCGACGUGUGGUCACCGUCGAUGAUGUUGCAGCUGCAAGUCCUACGAUCAAGACUUUGGCUGCCAAUGUGCAGAGCCAUACGUGGAAUUCUCUCGACUUAUUCGAAAUCUUGGUCAGACUAGGCGACUCAGAAAUCGAGAAUGUUAGAAGCUAUGUGCGGGAAAUGUUGGAUAAGGCUGUUCGGAUAAGCGCGGACAUUGUGCAUAUGGGACUUGUCCAGGUUCCGAAACCAUGGAAUGCAUUACAGGUCGAAUACUCGCGGCAGCUGCUUGGCAUGUUUCUAGGAGGACAUCCGAACCAUCAACUUGUCUUCAUGCGCAUCUGGCAGAUCGAACCGACGUAUCUUUUGACUGCUCUGCGUGAGUUCUAUGACGAGAAUCCGAUGAACAUCACCCGCAUCCUAGACGUUGCGCAAGACCUGAAGAUCCUCGAUUCUUUGCUGGAAGUACGUCCUUUCGUUUUCGCUCUGGACGUCGCCGCUCUUGCAUCCCGACGCGAAUACCUCAAUCUCGAUAAGUGGUUGUCGGACAACAUCGAGAAAUACGGAGCAGACUUCCUGCACAGCAUUAUUCUGUUCCUAGACCACAAGAUGCAGAACGAGAAGAUCGCAAGGACAGUAGAUCCUCAGGCAGAAAACAGGACAAUGGCGUUGAGUCCGACUACAAUCGCAAUCUUCCUACGCGCUCUACGCACAUUCUCGAAUGUCAUGGACGAACGAGAUGCAGAAUACUGUGUUGAGACGCGAAAUGCUUGCCUGCAGAUCCACCCUCGACUAAUGGUAUUGAGUCCUAGUGCCGAGAAUCAAGAGCCCGGAUUUAAUGUCGUCAGCUAUUCCACGGAUAUCGAGGCAGAGGUUGAUGGAAUCUUCAAGCAAAUGUACGACGAGCAGAUUACGAUUGACCAGGUCAUCAUCAUGCUGCAACGCACGAAAGAGUCUACGAAUACCCGCGACCAUGAGAUUUUCUCUUGCAUGCUACAUUUCCUUUUCGACGAGUACAAAUUCUUCCAAACCUUUUAUCCUCCUCGAGAACUUGCGAUGACGGGUUACUUAUUCGGAUCUAUCAUACAGCAACAGCUAGUUGAUUACAUCCCUCUCGGUAUUGCCAUCCGAUACGUCAUUGAUUCUCUCCAGUGUCCUCCCGAUACGAACCUCUUUAAAUUUGGCGUGCAAGCGCUUACACGCUUUGAAUCGCGAUUAGCAGAGUGGAAACUUCUGUGCGAGGCGCUGCUCAACAUUCCGCAUCUUGCCGAACAGCGACCGGACAUCAUUGAAGCAGUUCGUCGUGCUCUUGCCGCCCCGACCGAAAGUGCUGGUGCCGGUGGGGCAGGUCAGUUGCAAGGUUUUUCAUCAGCUUUACCUUUGGUUGAGAUACAACCUGCUUUCACAUCCAUCCGACCAGAUGUUUUGGAGGAAGGGGAUUUCAGCACGCCGCCGGAGGAAACCUCGGACAAGAUUCUCUUCAUAAUCAACAAUCUUGCUCCUAGCAAUUUCGAAGCAAAACUUACGGAGAUGAAGGAGCGUUUCGAAGAGAUCUAUUCGCGUUGGCUUGCGGAUUACCUUGUUGACCAGCGUGUCAGCACUGAACCAAACAACCAUCAGCUCUACCUGCGGUUCCUUGACGGUUUGGACAGCAAGCCAAUAGCAAAGUUCAUUCUACACGAAACAUUUGUCAAAUCUGCGUCAAUGCUCAAUUCCGACAAAACCAAAAGUUCCACAUCCGAACGUACCAUCCUCAAGAACCUCGCAUCGUGGCUCGGCCAAAUAACUCUUGCUCGCGAUAAACCGAUCAAACAUAAAAACCUGUCCUUCAAGGAGUUUCUGAUCGAGGGAGCGGACAGUGAUCGACUAGUAGUGGCAAUUCCAUUUGUCUGCAAAGUUCUUGAAGGAGCGGCAAAAUCGAAGGCUUUUCGUCCUCCAAACCCGUGGCUCAUGGCUGUCAUCAGCCUUCUCGCGGAGUUAUAUCACUUUGCCGAGCUCAAACUGAACCUGAAAUUUGAGAUCGAAGUGCUCUGCAAGGCGCUCUCCAUUGACCUCGAUACUGUAGAGGUUGCAAAUAUUCUACGCAGCCGGCCGCAAGUUGAACCAAUGGCUGGGCCUGGACUACCUGAAAUGAUGCCAGGUAUCGAUGCUUUGCCUAUUGGCGGUUAUGAACACGCUGGCGACGGCCAGGUCAUACCCAUCGGUACUACCAGUGGACCAGAGGCUGACCGAACUGUGGGAGCUCACAUAGAAGAAAUAUUAGCCAACUUGGCUACUUCCGUGAUAAUUAACCAUCAACUGGCUCCACUGCACACGAACCAUGCGUUUAAACAGGCAGUCCAAGAGGGUAUUGAUAGGGCUGUUCGGGAGAUCAUUCUACCAGUUGUGGAGCGUUCCGUUACGAUUGCAAGCAUCACGUCUCGAGAGCUUUGUGUCAAGGAUUUUGCGUCAGAACCGAACGAAGAGAAAUUACGCAAGGCUGGUCAUAUGGCUUGUCAAAAGCUAGCAGGUAGCCUUGCGCUUGUGACUUGCAAGGAUCCGCUCCGAACAAACAUGGCCGCUCAUAUACGGUCAUAUCUUCUGGACCAUGGAUUUACUGAGCAGAUGGUACCCGAACAAGUCAUCAUGCUGAUCGUUCAGGAUAACAUUGAUGUCGCCUGUGAAGCAAUCGAGAAGGCUGCCAUAGACCGUGCAAUCAAAGAGGUCGACGCUGCACUUGCACAGUCGUACGAUGCUCGCCGGCGUUACCGUGAUGUUCGCUCAGGUCAAAGCUUCUGGGAUCCUCUUGCCGUUCAAAGUGCCUUUAUCGCUGGUCUUCCUGACCCGCUGCGCAUUAGGCCGAACGGCCUUCAACCUCUCCAACAGCGCGUCUAUGAAGAGUUCGCUUUUGACAGCAAGCGUCGUGUUCCUGGUCGUCCACCUUCUAUAGUGCAGUACGCGCGCAAUGACGCUCUUCAGCCUACUUAUUCCCCUUCACCCAUACCUGACCACCAAGUGGCUGUCGCCAACUCUGCUUACAUGGCACAGGAACAGUUCAACAUUUUGGUACAGAAACUUGAGUCAAUUCUGUCUGAGAUACCUUACACUUCCCUCGCCCUCGUCCCUUCCAACCACGAGCUUCGUAACGUCGUCAAUCGCGUUCUCUCCCUAGCGCUCGAGAGUAACGAUCGUGUCCGAACGCCUCUCUUCAUGUCGCAAAAGAUAGUGCAGCAUCUCUAUAAGACACCGUCUCAGAUUGGGCGGGACAUAUAUGUUGCUUUACUUGAUCAGCUUUGCCAGUCGUUCGAGGAGGUGGCAAAGGAGGCAAUAAACUGGCUUAUUUGUGCUGAGGAUGAGCGCAAAUUCAACAUACCUGCCACUGUUACGUUGUUACGGAGCCACCUGAUAACUCCGACUGACGAGGACAUGCAGCUAGCUAAAUGGAUAUAUGCCAGUGCUAACAGCCGCCCGAGCUUGCAAGACUUCGCUGCUGGUCUCAUACGGGAAUGCCUUACAAGCGAGCCUCCCGUUACAACGCAACACCAAUUCCAGUAUACUCUUGAUGCUUUGACACAACUUGUGCGAGCGAGCAAAGCAACAGAGUCUGUCAUACAGCUGCUUAAUGAGCUGGCUGGCUUGCCAUCUCAACCUUCAACCGAAAUAGUUCCUGCCGUUGGACUUCAGCCAGUCAAGCAAGAGACAGAACAACUUCAAAUUGUACUGCUCAAGCGCUUCCAGCAGUGGGUGGGCAUUUUCCAGUCCUCCUCCAAUCCAGAGAAGAUGUUCGUGCAAUACGUUACUGCACUGUCGAAGCAGGGCAUCCUCAAGGUAGAAGACAUGUCUUCUUUCUUCUUCCGUGUUUGUGCAGAGUCCAGCAUUAGCCACUACACGAAGAGCGUUGCUGCGGGUGACUUUGGCCACUCGUUCCUGGCUUUGGAUGCCAUGUCAAGACUUAUUGUCUACAUUAUCAAGUAUCACGGCGAUGCUUCGGGAACAAACAAUUUACAGGCAAAAGUACACUACUUCACAAAAAUUCUUUCGAUCCUUGUCCUCGUCGUUGCUAAUAGGCACGAAGAGCAAGGCCCAGCCUUCCAGCAGAAGCCAUUUUUCAGGUUCUUCUCGAGCCUGUUAAGUGAUCUGUCUAGUCUCGGAGAUCAACUCGGGAAUGUGUAUUUCCAUUUACUGGUUGCCUUGAGCGACACGUUCAGUUCCUUGCAGCCCGUAUAUUUCCCAGGAUUUGCAUUCUCGUGGAUGACUCUGAUCUCUCAUCGCCUGUUCAUGCCAAAGCUGCUUCUCUCUGAAAAUCGCGAUGGCUGGUCUGCCUUCCAUAAACUCCUUCUCGCUUUGUUCAAGUUCCUGGCACCAAUGUUGCGAUCGGCGAAUUUCACCCUUGCGUCUCGCAAUCUUUAUCGCGGUGGCCUUCGUCUCCUUCUCGUGUUGCUCCACGACUUCCCCGAUUUCUUGAGCGCCUAUUACUUCUCCCUUUGCGAUGUAAUCCCUCCUCGCUGCACUCAACUUCGCAACAUCGUCCUCAGUGCGUUCCCUGCGUCCAUCACCCUGCCCGACCCUAGCCUUCGCAACACGAAGUUUGAGACAAUUCCCGAAAUGGGUCCAAUUCCACUCGUCCUAUCCGACUUUUCGGCCAUCCUCAAAAACGGCGAUCUUAAGGGUUACCUUGAUCAAUGCCUUCUGAGUCGUAUGCCGCAGACCUCUUUGGCAACGUUGAAGGAACGCAUGUGCCUGCCUCCGGGUACUGCAACAGGCGAGGAAACAUACAAUGUCCCGUUGAUAAACGCGAUGGUCAUGUACAUCGGUGUUUCCUCGGUUGCACAGGUUAAAGCACGAAGUGGCUCGUCAGUUUUUAUUCCAACCGAUCCGGGCGUGGUCGCUCUGACCUACCUGGCGUACAACCUCGAUCCAGAAGGCCAAUACCACUUGGCUAACGCGAUGAUUCUCCAACUCCGUUACCCGAACGCGCAUACGCAUUGGUUCUGCUGCCUCAUGCUGUACCUUUUUGAGCAUGCUAAGGACGAUCGAUUCCGGGAGAUCAUGACCAGAGUGCUUAUGGAACGGUUCUUUGUGCACCGCCCUCACCCCUGGGGAGCGCUGCUCACCUUCAUUGAGCUUGUGCGGAACCCCAAGUACGACUUCUGGAACAAGGACUUCUUGCGCGUUGCGCCAGAGGUCACGGCCAUUUUGGACAAUGUAUGUUCCUGCAUUCCCAUUGUUCCACUGACGUCUGCUCAUUAA